AUGGAAGAAGCGAGGAAAGACGGACCAGUCCUCCCUUCCAUCGCCAGCCUCAUCGAGGCUGUAUCGGCGGGGAGCGAGAAGGGAAAAGGCAAGUUACCGUCGCCUAUAUUUGAACAUCCGCCUCGAAGAGUUUCGAAUAGUUCUCAAGGCUAUAACACGAGCCCUGAGAGACAAGCAAUUUCAGAGAGCCCUCGCCGCCCUCCUCUUCCCACACCAGAGCUACCGCCGGCUUCUAGUUUCGACUUUCCUCGAUCAUCACCUAUGAGUUAUUCUCCAAAAGAUGCGUCAGGACGAAACCACCACUAUUCCUCUGGUCCCGCAAGGACAAAUCCUGAACUCUACACGCAAAGACCGACCCAUUAUCCUCCCAUGACGGUCGAUACACAUCCACCACCAUACCCUCCCAUCGCCGAAGGAAACCCUUGGACUUCCUCCGCGAGGCCGACGCAUGACCCUAUGUAUCUUGACGGACCUGUUCGAGGCUCAGGACACCAUACGUUCCGCGAUCCUUCAUCUGAAGCAGCUUCAUACAAUGGUCAUUCACAACAGAUGCCACUCCCAACCAAUUUUCCGCCACCUGUACCGGGGCCUAGCUUACCUCCGCUCGAUCCUCAAAUGGCUCCGGCCUGGCAGCAUCACCAUUACUAUCCACCUGCAAAUCCUCCGGCGUAUCCCCAACCACAAGAACGUUAUAUCUGUCCUACGUGCAGCAAACCGUUCUCAAGACCUAGUUCCCUGAAGAUUCAUACUCACUCUCAUACCGGGGAGAAACCGUACAGAUGCACCUAUGCGGGUUGCGGGAAAAGCUUCAGCGUGCGGAGUAACAUGAAACGACAUGAAAAAGGUCACCGGACGCCGGAACCUACACCAUACGGAACAAGCCCAAGUAAUGGGUAG